GGGCACGUCGUCCUCGUCGACGGCAUGUCCAUGAUAUUCCGAUCCUUCUACGGUUGGAAGAACCGCGCGGAACCCCUGUUGAACAGCAAGGGCGAGGACGUCAGCGUCCAGUACAGCGUCGCGCACGCCAUCCUCGGCGUCUUGGAGCUGGACCCCACGCACCUGGCGGUGUGUUUCGACGCCAAGGGCAAGACGUUCAGGCACGAGAUGUUCACGGAUUACAAAGCCAACCGGCCGCCGACGCCGCCCGAGCUCAAGGAGACGAUCCCGCGCGUGAUCGAGAUGGUCCGACGCAUGGGCGUGCCUCUGUUGAUGACCAGCGGCGUGGAAGCGGACGACAUCAUCGGGACGGUGGCGAGACGGAGCGUGGAGCGCGGACUUCACGUCAGCGUGGUGUCGCCGGAUAAAGAUUUCUUCCAGCUGCUCGGCCCGCGACUCUCCGCGCGGGGGUUGGUGCCGUACACGGAGCGAGAUUUCCGAGCCGAGUUCGGCGGGCUCGAUCCCGCGCAGUUCGUGGACUUGUUGGCCAUGGUCGGCGACUCGUCCGAUAACAUCCCGGGCGUGGAAGGCAUCGGUCCGAAGACUGCGCCGAAGCUGUUGGGCGAGUACGGCAACAUCGAGGGCUGCGUCGCCAACGCGAUGGAAAUUCGGAAUAAAAGGGUGCGGGAA